GUGGUGCUGGGGAUUGAACCCAGGGCCUCAUGCAUGCUUGGCAAGUGCUCUACCACUGAGCCACAUGCUCAGCCUUCUGCCCGUACUAUUUGUAAUAUAGAAGAUGAAAGAUUGUGUUUUCACUUAUAAAAUAAAUUAAAAUUACAUACUUAAAACAGGCAUGGAAACUAAUUUCAAGAUUCCUUUGAGCUUCAGGAGAGAAGUUUGCCAGUUUCGGCCAAAUUUGUUCUACUUCUAGAAGUCCCUCCCUGCCUUCCUCUCCUGCAGUAUCCUCCCUGCUCACUGCUCCGGCCACACAGGACUCUUGCCUUUCCCUGGGGACACUGUAGCUCCUUGUUUAGGCAAUGCCUUCUAUGCUGUCUGAGCAUAGAUCUCACUGGCACAUCGGCUGCAGGUGGCAGACACCUUCUUUCCUAGGUCUUUGUUCUGGUAUCAGCAUCUUCACGGAGACUUCUGUGGCCUCUCCCGCUUCCAGUGACAUCCUAACCACACACCCACCCCACCUCUGGUUUGACUCCCCAAAAUUCGUGCUGCCUGCGGGAGUUUGGAAGAGGAGGAGGCAGGAAGAACAGGAGUCCGGAAUGGCUCUUGGUCAGGGACACUUGACAUUCAGGGACGUGGCCGUAGAGUUCUCCCGGGAGGAGUGGAAACGCCUGAACCCUGCUCAGAGGACUUUAUACAGGGACGUGAUGUUGGAGAACUACAGGAACCUGGUCUCCCUGGGAAUCUUUCUUCCUAACCUGAGUGUUAUUUCCAUGUUGGAGCAAGGGAGAGAGCCCUGGACUGUGGAAAAUGAAAUGAAAAUAGGAAGAAAUAAAAAUGGGUGGGAAUAUAGCAAAGGACGGAACACAGAUAUCUCUCCGAAAUGUGUAAUUAAGGGAGCAUCACCAAAAGGGACAAACGGUAUGGGAGAAAUACUCAAAAGAGUGAUUUUGGAAAGACAUAAAAGGAGUGACAUCAAAGGCUUUUCAUUUAGGGAUGUCCAUAAAAAUAUACAUGACUUUGAGUUUCAGUGGAAAGAUGAUAUAAAAAAUUACAAUGGAUUGCUUGUUGCCCAGAAAAAAAGUCUCACUGGUAGAAGAGAUCAAGGUGAUAAAAGAGAUGCAGGAAACAAGCUUAUGAAAAAUUGGCUUGCGUUAAGCUUUCAGUCACAUUUGCCUGAACUGCAGAUGCUUCAGCCUGAAGCAAAAAUUGAUAGCAAUGAAGUUGAUAAGCCUAUCAACAGUGGUUCCUCAGUUUCACCGCCUCACAGAAUUCCUUCUACUGUCAAAACAUAUAUAUCUCAGGAAUAUGGAAAUGACCUUAUUUAUUCAUCAUUAGUCACACAAAGACAAAAGGCUCAUGUUAGGGAAAAACCUUACAAAUGUAAUGAGUGUGGCAAAUUCUUCAGUUAUACCUCAUCUCUAGCACAUCAUCAGAGAAUCCAUACGGGAGAGAAACUAUACAAAUGUAUCGAAUGCGGGAAGGCAUUUUUUAGACGUUCAUACCUUUUGGUACAUGAGAGACAUCACACUGGAGCAAAACCUUACAAAUGUAAUGAAUGUGGAAAAGUCUUUACUCAAAAUUCACACCUUACAAGUCAUCGGAGAAUUCAUACUGGGGAGAAACCUUACAAAUGUAAUGAGUGUGGCAAAGCCUUCAGUGUUCGUUCAAACCUCACUAACCAUCAUGUUAUCCAUACUGGAGAAAAACCAUACAAGUGUAAUGAAUGUGGCAAGGUCUUCAGUCAGACUUCAAGCCUUGCAAUUCACCGGAGGACACACACUGGAGAGAAACCGUAUAGGUGUAAUGAGUGUGGCAAAGUCUUCAGUUCACAUUCCAACCUAAACACCCACCAGGUAAUCCAUACUGGAGAAAAACCCUAUAAAUGUUCUGAAUGCGGCAAGGUCUUCACUCAGAAUUCACACCUUGCAAAUCACUGGAGAAUCCACACUGGUGAGAAACCUUACAAGUGUAAUGAGUGUGGCAAAGCCUUUAGUGUGUAUUCAAGCUUGACCACCCAUCAGGCAAUCCAUACGGGAGAGAAACCUUACAAAUGUGAUGAGUGUGGCAAGGUCUUCACCCAAAACUCACACCUUGCGAGUCACCGAGGAGUUCAUAGUGGAGAGAAACCGUACAAGUGUGAUGAGUGUGGGAAAGUCUUUAGUCAGACUUCAAAUCUUGCCAGGCAUUGGAGAGUUCAUACUGGAGAGAAGCCCUACAAAUGUAAUGAAUGUGGUAAAGCCUUUAGUGUGCGUUCCAGCCUAACUUCCCACCAGGUUAUCCAUACUGGAGAAAAACCUUACAAGUGUAAUGAAUGUGGCAAGGUCUUCAGUCAGACUUCAAGCCUUGCAAUUCACCAGAGAAUUCACACCGGAGAGAAGCCUUACAAGUGUAAUCAGUGUGGCAAAGCCUUUAAUUCACAUUCUAACUUAAACACCCACCAGGUAAUCCAUACUGGAGAAAAACCCUAUAAAUGUUCUGAAUGCGGCAAGGUCUUCACUCAGAAUUCCCACCUUGCAAAUCACUGGAGAAUCCACACUGGAGAGAAACCUUACAAGUGUAAUGAGUGUGGCAAAGCCUUUAGUGUGUAUUCAAGCUUGACCACCCAUCAGGCAAUCCAUACGGGAGAGAAACCUUACAAAUGUGAUGAGUGUGGCAAGGUCUUCACCCAAAACUCACACCUUGCGAGUCACCGGAGGACUCAUACAGGAGAGAAACCGUACAAGUGUGAUAAGUGUGGCAAAGCCUUUAGUGUGCGUUCAAGCCUAACUACCCACCAGGCAAUUCAUACUGGAGAAAAACCUUACACAUGUAAAGACUGUGGCAAGGUCUUUAGUCGAAGUUCCAACCUUGCAAGUCAUCGGAGAAUUCAUGCUGAGCAGAAACCUUACAAGUGAAUGUAGCAAGGUCUUUAGUCACAACUUCUGGCAAAACAUCAGAGACUUCAUUUUUAAGAGACUCUUUAUAAAUGCAAUGA